AUGGCGUCUUGUCGUAGCGACUCUCUCUCUUUCCUGAUGGCGUGCUCCCUCCUGUUCGCCGCCGCCAAUGCGGUCCGGCCGUUCCCGCAGUAUCGGAGCCCUAGCCUGGCCACAGUUCGCUUGCAGGCCGACGAUAUGGCGGAAUGCUGGAACUCCCUGCUAGAACUGCGGGCGUGCACCGGCGAGGUCAUCCUCUUCUUCCUCAACGGCGAGACCAACCUGGGACCGGGCUGUUGCAACGCCAUACGCGUCAUCGAGCACCGCUGCUGGCCGUCCAUGCUCACCUCCCUUGGUUUCACACCGGACGAGGGGGACAUAUUGACAAACUACUGCGACGCUCUGGACACCGCCCGCCGCCCGCCGCCGCCCCCACCGUCUCCGGUCUCCCUCGCCCCCACGCCAUGA